GUAUACGCCUUUUCUUAAAGACCUUCAAAAUCUCUGCUUUGGGGUUCUCUGCCCAAAACCAACCUCUUUUGGAAAUCGGUUGAGGGGACGGGAAAAAGAAAAGAAAAGAAAAAAAAAAAGCUUCGGAGCAGAGCAACAAUGGCGGGGAAUUCGGCAGCAGUGGCCUUAGAAGACGUGCCCUCCGUCGAUCUUAUGACGGAGCUUCUCCGCCGUAUGAAGUGCUCCUCAAAGCCCGACAAGCGCCUCAUUCUCAUCGGUCCACCUGGAUCAGGUAAAGGGACCCAAUCACCAAUCAUCAAGGAUGAUUACUGCUUGUGCCACUUGGCUACUGGUGAUAUGUUAAGAGCUGCUGUUGCUGCUAAAACUCCUCUUGGUGUCAAGGCUAAAGAGGCUAUGGAUAAGGGUGAACUUGUGUCUGAUGACUUGGUUGUUGGAAUCAUCGAUGAGGUAAUGAAGAAACCUUCAUGUCAGAAAGGCUUCAUUCUUGAUGGAUUUCCAAGAACUGUAGUUCAAGCGCAGAAGCUUGAUGAGGUGCUUGAAAAGCAAGGAGUGAAAGUUGACAAGGUGCUCAACUUUGCCAUUGAUGAUGCAAUUUUGGAGGAGAGGAUCACUGGGCGAUGGAUACACCCAUCCAGUGGCAGAAGUUAUCACACAAAAUUUGCUCCUCCAAAGACUCCUGGUGUUGACGAUGUAACUGGAGAGACUUUGAUUCAACGCAAGGAUGAUACUGCCGCUGUACUGAAGUCACGCCUGGAAGCAUUCCACAAGCAGACCAAGCCAGUGAUUGAGUAUUAUGGCAAAAAGGGUCUUGUUGCUAAUCUGCACGCCGAGAAGCCUCCGAAAGAAGUUACGGCCGAGGUUCAGAAAGUGCUGUCCUCAUAGAAAGAGCUCAUUUGCAGGAAAAAUGAAGUUUCUGAGUCCCCAGUCAUUUUUACUACUUUCUAGUCCACCCUGCUGUUGAAUUGUCUGAUAAUAUUCCUCAUUUGUUUUUCAAUCUUCGAACUUCCAUUUUACGGCUGCUAUGAUCAAACUUUUUGAGGGCUGAAUGAGUCUGAGAAUCAUUAGAAAUAAAAUGUUUUCUUGGAAAAAAAAAGAUAGCCAUGCA